CUUUCCAACACCACCAACGCUGAUCUAUUUAACAUGAGCCCUGACCCCUAGAGUGGCUGUCUGGCGUCCGCUAUCAGCAGUUGCGACUGCUACGCGCAAUCGCCGCUCCCCAAGGCUUAGCAGUAAAUAUAUUUUGGUUGCCCUCCAUGGAUGUUCGGCACCGUGCACCGCCGGCAGCCUCAAGCAGGGAAAUUCAUACUGCGCAACAACCAUUCCUGUCGUAAUAAGCUCCAAUCCCAUUCUUGUCCCUUCUUACCCCUCGUUCGAGCUUCAGAAGCUGCUAACCCCCCCAUAACUCCAUUCUGGCCGCCCUAAUGGCUACCAAGGGCUAUGGCCCCAAGGAAUCCACUGCCCUCCGCCGAGGCACGGUAGAGGGCCGGCCGCUCACCCCCAAAGAGCGCGAGCGGAUGCUGAAAUCCUACCUGCCUCCCGAGCCCCCGUCCUCUUCCCCUUCGCCAUCCAGAUCCUCCACGCCCUACCAGAGGCGUCACCACCACAAGAAGCGCAGGACAGGCAUUGUUCGCCAUGCCGUACAUGUCGCAAUAUACGCCAUUAUCGCCGCUUUCUUUUCUAUCUACUUCCGCUUCCGGCGUGCCUACCGGCUCGUCAAAAGCAAGCUGGCUGCGGUGCUCUUCUAUCACCACAGGACACCUGAGUUUAUCCAGCGCGACAUAAGGAAAUUGGACCGGCUCCCGAAACAUCUGAGCGUAAUUGUGGACUUCCACGAGAGCGACGAAGACCAGGGCACUGCGGGCAUAGAGGGCUUGAUGAACGAUGUGUGCGAGAUUGCGGCCUGGACUGUAUCCGCCGGAAUUCCGAAUCUGAGCAUAUACGAGAGGACAGGUAAACUCAAAAACUACAUGCCAAACACGCACAGUGCCAUUUCCCUGACCCUCGAGUCCUACUUCGGUCCUCGACGGAAACCCACACUUUCUCUUCGCGCACCCCAUCUGCAGUCCUACUCACCACCCCGCACACCCGACUUCUCCACCCAGGAUCCUGCCGAGGCGAAGCAUGAUCGACAGCACCUGAAUGUGCUGCUUCUCUCGGCUGAAGAUGGGCGCGACACUUUACUCGAUCUCACCAAGACGCUCUCACAGAUGAGCCAGAAUGGGAACCUUCACCAAGCUCAGAUUACAGCAGACUUGAUUGACGCCGAGUUGCGUGAGGCUGUGUCGGAAGAGCCAGAUCUUCUGAUUCUGUUCGGCCCAACCGUGGUGUUGAAGGGGUAUCCGCCAUGGCAGCUGCGGUUGACCGAGAUAUUCCACCUGCCGGACAACAAAGGUGUUAACUACCAGGUCUUCAUAAGGGCCCUGCACAAUUUUUCAAGAGCAGAGAUGCGAUUGGGAAGGUAAACUUUCCAAACGUGCAGAUCCGAUGAUGCUUAUGAAUGCCCCUUUUGAACUCACACAUUGUGUAUCCUAUCAAUAGACCCUUCAGCUUCACAGCUACCUUGUUCUCUCCAUUUUAGAACACGAUUUUGUGAAACUCUUGCUCACUUUGCAUUUUCAGGUCUCCUCCAGGUAUUGGUUGAUUGAUUGGCCGAUUUGGAACUC